CUUUACGUGGCCGACACACAGAACCAUGCAGUCCGGGUGAUCGUCUACAACCCUGCUAUCUCUGAUAUAUUCGCAUCGCCUAACAGUUGUGUCGUGCACACCUUGAACUCCGUCAACUUGAAUUUUCCGCAAAAUGUGGCUGUGUCUCCGAGCAACGAUUUCUUGUACGUCGCCGAUUACAGCACUUUUCGAAUCAAAAAGGUUUCUCUCCUUGAUGGGAAAGUCACUGCCUUGCCUGGUGUUGACGUUUGGAAUUUGGUCGCUCCUCCCGUCAUGCCGCCCGUGUCGCUCGUGUACGGUUUCGACAUCGCCGUGUCAAAGGACGGGCUGUGGCUCUAUGUUGCUGAUGGAUUCAACAGUCAGGUAAGAAAAGUGUCCAUCCAAGACGGAACUACCUACAGGCUGGCUGGUUCGGGUCAAGUAGGCUCGCAAGAUGGGGGAGCAUCAACAGCAACUUUCUAUUAUCCAGCCAAGUUAGCAAUGUCGGAUGCCACUCCAUGGUUGUACGUCUUGGAUGCAAACUCCUCA